AUACAUAUGUAUUGUACGGGACUAAAAUGUGGAAUUUUAUCCAUUAAUUAAUAUCAAUAAGUAUAUAAUACUAAUAUAAGUUGUAGUAAUGUACUUAUUAUAACAGUAAAUAAGCUCAGAUAUACACCAAAAAGUAUAACAAUUCCUUGGAAAUACCAGCUAACUAGUACUGCCAACGACUGCUGAAUCUGAAUAUUGCUUUAUUUAAUAAAUUUGUUCAAUAUUCACUAUCAUUAAAAAUGUCAGAUUGAUGCUCCGAUAAUAUAGUUUAAUAUUUAUAUAAUUAUAAAGUGGUUUAAAAAACAAAUUGUCUCAACAUAAACUUUUUGCUUGUUAAAAAAUACCAUCAUGGAUGAAGCCCAGAAACCGACGACAGUGGAGGAGUUAAAAAUAAAAGGAAACGAAUGCGUCAAAGAUGGAAAAUUCAUCGAAGCUGUUUUACAUUAUACACAAGCUAUCAAAAUGGAUCCAAACAACUAUAUUUUGCACAGCAACAGGUCAUUCGCCUUUCUGAAACUCGACCAACAUUAUCUUUCAUUACAAGAUGCAAAUGAAACAGUUAGAUUGCAACCUCAAUGGGCAAAGGGCUAUUUUCGUAGAGCAGAAGUAGAAGCGGCAAGUGGUUUAUAUGAUGAAGCAAUUAUUUCAUAUACACAUGCUUUACAACUUGACCCACAGAAUCAAAAGUUAAUAGACUCCAUAAAAGAGUUAUCAGAAAUGCAGGAAAAUAGAAUAAAAGAAAGUCAAAAUGUUGUAUGGAUUUGUACAUGCAUUGGUUUAGUAGUUGGAAUUAUGAUUGUAAUACUUGAUUAUAGCUUUACAACGAAUCCUACACUAACUAACCCAUUAAGCAUGGUUGCAUUUUCAAUGGCAUUGUCAGGAUUGGGAUUUGUUGUAGGAAAAACAACAACUAUGAUGUCAUCAUGGAGUGCAGGCAGAUCACUGCAGCCGCCAGUUGACUUAGGGUACAACGACAGUUCUCAAGAAAAAGAAGAUGUAAUACCAGAAAGAAAAAACAAAUAUAGCAAAGCACAGGCACGUCAAAGGUACAAACAAGGAAAAUUGUAGUGUUUAUUACAAUUUUUGUUUUAAGCUAAAAUGUCAUCAAUGUUAAUUUUGAAAUUUUUUGUUGCUGAAAUAUCAGACAGCAAUUCAAGAACCAUUAUUGAGUAAAUUUUAUUUGCUUUAUUAAUGUGUAUUAUGAUAUAGAAAUAUAGGUGAAGGAUUUAAUAUAAUGCAGUAUAAGUGUUCACGUUUUUAGCCUCCAUUGUUAAAAGACAUUUAAUGUUAAAUUUAUGUUAGUUUCUUAGACUGUGUGAUAUAUUAAUGUGAGAUCAGAGGAUAUGUGUUUUAAACUAUUAGAGAAAAUAGCUAAGAACUAAGAAAACAGCUAUAGGUAUGUUAUAUCAUGUUAUGUUUAAUUCUGUCAAAUAAAAGCUACCUGACCAAUAAGUUAAGACUGACCAAUAAACAAAGUUAAGAUUAGAAAAUGUAAAUUAAUGAUUUUUUUAAAUAUUUAUUUCCACCUUCCAAAAUAUUUUGGCCACCACCCCACCACAAAGUUGACUUGAAAUGAUUACUUUAUCAAUAAACUAAAAUGGGCCUACAGCUGUUCAAUUUUAACUAUAUUAUCAUCUACUUAUACCUGCCAGUAACUUUCAGAGGUGAAUAAAAUGAAAUAUUAAAAAUAAAAAUAGCUAGGCAGAUGACUUCGGUUCAUUCUGCGAAAAGGAAAGUAUUAAAAAUCCUAAUUUUAUAUUUGAGUCGUCUAUUAUCAAAGGCGGCAAUCUGACUUU